AUGAAAUCAGACCUUGUCAGACAUCAGAGGUCUCACACAGAAGAGAAGCCCUAUUCCUGCCCUGAGUGCGGGAAAAGUUUUUCACGUAAGUCAUAUCUUUCUGCACAUCAGACAUGUCACACGGGGGAGAAGCGAUAUUCCUGUCCUGAGUGCGGGAAAUGUUUCUUUGGUAAAUCAAAUCUCGAUGCACACCAGAGGUCUCAUACAGGAGAAAAGCCGUACUCGUGCCCUGAGUGCGGGAAAUGUUAUUCGCUGAAAUCAACACUUGUCACACAUUUAAAAUAUCACACGGGGGAUAAGCCAUAUUCCUGUCCUGAGUGCGGGAAAUGUUAUCCACGGAAAUCAGAACUUGUCGCACACCAAAGAUAUCACACGGGGGAGAAGCCGUAUUCCUGUCCUACGUGCGGGCAAUGUUAUCUGCUGAAAUCGGCCCUUGUCAGACAUCAGAGGUCUCACACAGGGGAGAAGCCGUAUCCUUGCCCUGAGUGCGGGAAAUGUUUUUAUGAGAAGUCCUAUCUUGCUAGACAUCAGAGAUUUCACUCAGCGGUAAAGCCAUAUCCCUGCAGCGAGUGCAGGAAAUGUUUUGUAAAUAAAUCGGAUCUCGCUAAACACCAGAGAUGCCACACGGAGUGCGGGAAAUGUUUCCCAUUGAAAUCAUCACUUGUCAGACAUGAGAGAUCCCACGCAGGGGAAAAGCCAUAUUCCUGUAAUGAGUGCGGGAAAUGUUUUUCACGGUUGUCUUAUCUUUCUGAACAUCAGAGAUGUCACACGGGGGAGAAACCGCAUUCCUGUCCCGAGUGUGGGAAACGUUUUCUACGAAAACCAGAUCUAGCAGCACAUCAGAGGUCUCACACGGGGGAGAAGCCGUUUUCCUGUCCUGAGUGCGGGAAAUGUUUUUCACAGAAGUCAAAUCUUUACGUACAUCUGAGGUCCCACUCAGGCAUGAAGCCAUAUUCUUGCCCCGAGUGCGGGAAAUGUUAUCCACGGAAAUCAGAACUUGUCACACAUCAAAGAUCUCACACGGGGGAAAGACCAUACUCCUGUCCUGACUGUGGGCAGUGCUAUACAAUGAAAUCAUCGCUCGUCAAACAUCAGAGAUCUCACACUGGGGAGAAGCCGUAUUCCUGCCCUGAGUGCGGGAAAUGUUUUUCAGGGAAGUCCAAUCUUUCAGUACAUCAGCUAUGUCAUGCGGUUAUCAGACAUGAGAGGACUCACACAGGGGAAAAGCCGUAUUCCUGUAAUGAGUGCGGGAAAUGUUUUUCACGGAUGUCUUAUCUGUCUGAACAUCAAAGAUGUCACACGGGGGAGAAACCAUAUUCCUGUCCUGAGUGCGGGAAACGUUUUCUACGUAAACCAGAUCUUGCUGCACACCAGAGGUCUCACACGGGGGAGAAGCCGUUUUCCUGUCCUGAGUGCGGGAAAUGUUUUUCGCAGAAGUCUCAUCUUUCUGUACAUCUGAGAUGCCACUCCGGUAAGAUGCCAUAUCCCUGUCCUGAGUGCGGGAAAUGUUUUCCAUUGAAAUCAGCACUUGUCAGGCAUCAGACAUCUCACACGGGGGAGAAGCCGCAUUCCUGCCCUGAGUGCGGAAAAUGUUUUUCACGGAAGUCCUAUCUUUUGGCACAUCAGAGGUUUCACACAGGGGAGCAGCCAUAUUCCUGUCCUGAGUGCGGGAAACGUUUCCUGAGAAAACCAGACCUCAUUUCCCAUCAGAGAACUCACACAGGGGAGAAACCCUAUUUCUGUUCUGAGUGCGGGCAGUGCUUCCCACUGAAAUCAACCCUUGUCAGACAUCAGAGAUCUCACACGGGGGAGAAGCCGUAUUCCUGUCCUGAGUGCGGGAAAUGUUUUUCACAGAACUCCCAUCUUUCUGUACAUCUGAGAUGCCACUCAGGCAAUAAGCCACAUUCCUGCCCCGAGUGCGGGAAAUGUUAUCCGCGGAAACAUCAAAUAUCUCACACAGGAGAGAAACCGCAUUCCUGUCCUGAGUGCGGAAAACAGUUUUCAUUGAAAGCAGCUCUUGUCAGACAUCAGAGAUCUCACACGGGUGAGAAGCCAUACUCCUGCCCUGAGUGCGGGAAAUGUUUUUCACGGAGCACUUCUCUUUCUGUACAUCAGAAAUACCACUCGGGAAACAAACCAUAUUCUUGCCCAGAGUGUGGGAAAUGUUAUCCACAAAAAUCAGAACUUGUCAAACAUCAGAAAUCUCACAGAGGGGAUAAACCAUAUCCCUGCUCUGAGUGCGGGAAAGGUUAUCCACGGAAAUCAGAACUUGUCAUACAUCAAAGAUCUCACACUGGGGAGAAGCCAUACUGCUGUCAGGAGUGUGGGAAAUGUUAUUCGUUGAAAUCAACACUUGUCAUACAUCAAAGAUCCCACACAGGCAAGAAGCCGUAUUCCUGUCCGGAGUGCGGAAAAUGUUAUCCACGGCAAUCUGCACUUGCCAGACAUUUAAGAUCCCACACAGGAGAAAAGCCGUAUUCCUGUGCUGAGUGCGGGAAAUGUUUUUCACAGAACUCUCAUCUUUCUGAACAUCAAAGAUGCCACUCGUACAGCAAGCCAUAUUCUUGCCCAGAGUGCGGGAAAUGUUAUAUUAGGAAAUCAGCCCUUGUCCAACACCAAAUAUCUCACACAGGAGCCGAAUCUGAUGGGGCGUAUAUUUCACCUGAAGCUGCAGCAUGGAAGAGCUUCUCCUGUACGGAGUGCGGGAAGGGUUUUGCAUGGUGUUCAAUGCUUAUCAGACAUCUAAGAUCUCACACGGGGGAGAAGCCGUAUUCCUGUCCUGAGUGCGGGAAAUGUUUUUCACAGAAAGCCAGUCUUUCUGUACAUCAGAGACGUCACACAGGGGAGAAGCCGUAUUCCUGCCCUGAGUGCGGGAAAUGUUUUUUAGUAAAGUCCCAUCUUUCCCGACAUCAGAAAACUCACAAGGGUGAGAAGCUGAAUUCCUGUCUUGAGGAACCUCAGACUGUGAGGGACGGUCCCAUCCUUCCAACAGAUAAAAGGUUUUCUUGUCCUGAGUGCGAGGUCUCACACAGGGAGAAGUCAUGUUCCUGUCCUGGGUGCGGGAAAUGUUUUUCAGUGAAGUCCCAUCUUUACAAACAUCAGAGAUCUCACACGGGGGAGAAGCCACGUUCCUGUUCUGAGUGUGGGAAAUGUUCCUCACUGAAGUCCUGUCUUCCUGUACAACAGUAG